CUAAUAUACAGAUGCAUCUGCAAUUAAUUGCAACAUUUAUGCAUUAACAGGCUACGGGCUAACUGUGCAUGCAUCAUGCAUGCAAUGAAAUAAAAUAUCCUGAUCAGAAUUCAUGCUGCUAAAAAAAGUUUUUUUUUUUAAGAAAAUUAAAAAUAAAUAAAAUUUCAUUAUUAUUACUUGAAUGACAAAAUGGCUUCGGUAAAAAAAUGGAUUGAGAAAGAGAUAAAUAAUGAGCACAUUCGUUAUUUUGAAUAUAAUAAAUUUAGUCAAAUCAUUGAAAUUGGUAGUGGAGCUUUCGGUAAAGUGAGUAGAGCGAAUUUUGUUGAAACGGGAUUAGUGGUCGCAUUAAAAAUUCUUUUUAAUAAAAGUUCAAAAGAAAUUAAUGAGGAUAAUGAUGAGCUUGUUAAUGAGGUAAAACUCCUACGUGAGGUUGAUUAUCAUGAAAACAUAAAUCGUAUUCUGGGAAUAACAAAAGAUUCUGAGAAUUAUGUUUUGGUGUUGGAAUAUGCUAAUGAAGGGAAUUUAAGAGAUUAUUUGAAAAAAAGAUUUGAUUCCUUAGAAUGGAAUGAUAAAAUUCGAAUGGCAUUGGAUAUUACUAAUGGAUUGAGAUUUUUACAUUCCAAAGAAAUAAUACAUAGAGACUUGCACUCAAAAAAUAUAUUAGUGAAUAAUAGAAAAUUAUUAAUCGCAGACCUUGGAUUAUCUAAAAAGUUGAAAGAUAGUAAUCCACUGGGUAAUGGAAAGGGGGUGAUUGAAUAUACUGAACCACAACUUCUUAAGAAUAUCAAGUAUAAAAAAGACAAGAAGUCCGAUAUCUAUAGUUUAGGCGUUCUAUUAUGGGAAAUUUCAAGUGGGCGCCCUCCUUUUUCUAAUUAUUCACAUGAUAAUACAUUAGCUCUUCGCAUUAGUCAUGAAAAUCUUAGAGAAGAUCCAAUUGAGGGUACACCUCCAAAUUAUCAAGAACUUUAUCAAAAAUGUUGGGAUGACAAACCAGAAACAAGGCCCAAUAUUAAAGAGGUAUAUGAAAUUUUAAUUCGAUUAAACCCUAAGGAUCCUUUUGAUACACAAUAUCCACCACCUAAUACACGCGAUAGUAAUCCGGAUAUUGACAGGUUCUAUAUUUCUUCUAAUUAUCUAAAACCCAGAAAUUUGCUCAUAGUUGGGCGUGCUUUGACAUUAUCCAACGUAUUAUGUGGUACUGAUGAUAUUGGGAAAAAUGGAUAUACAAUUAACAAUAUUAAAAAUUUACAGAAAAAAAAUUUCGUGUGGAAUGGAUCAAUAUAUAAUGUGAUUGAAAUUGUAUUUGAAUCAAUUGAAAAGAAAGUUUAUGAUGAAAUGAGACAUUUGAUGCCAGAAGGGAUAAGUCAAAUUUUAUUUGUGGUUGACAAAAGUUUUACGACAGAAGAGAAGGCAAUGUUUAAGUUAUUUAAACAAGUUAUUUUUGAAAGUGGUAUUCUUAAAUAUGUUACUAUUGUUAAAAAUGAAUUUGAUAAUUUUAAAAAUGUGCUUGAAGAAAAUGAUAUAAUCGCCGAAAUAGCUAAGUCAUGCAAUGAUACCAUUUGCAUAAAAAAUCCUCCAAUAUUUACUUGUGAUGAAGAUGAAAACAUUGUUAAUAGAGAUGCAAGGAAAAGGUCAAGAGAUAUAUUACUAAACUAUUUGGAGAAAGAAUGUCAGGAAGAAUAUUACAAAUUAGAAAAAUGUGAUGAUUUAUUUAGUAAGAUUGUAGUGGAAAAAGCAAAUACUACAAAAAUUGCAGAUCUACAAUCUCCACAUCUUAGUAUUGAUGAUAACGGCUUACGCGUUAAAGAUAGUCGUAAAAAAGAACCAAUUGAGGGUUCAUCUCAAGAAUAUCAGAAUGGUGAACCAAAGUCAAGUCCUGAUAUUGAAGUUUAAUUAUACUAGAUAAGCAUAAAUUGGAAAAAAAUUAUAAAUCAAUUUCAAAAUCAAGUGAAAGAACUACGGAUAUAAAUAAGAA